AACACCAAAGUCACACCACUCCCAAUUCAAGCUCAACUUUCCUAUUCCAUUGCUCCCAACAAAAAAGCUCUUUUCUCAACAAUGGCUAGCCUUAACUUUGCAUGUGUGCUUUUUUUGUGCAUGAUAGCUAUUGUACCCAUUGCCCAAGCCUCCAUAACAUGCGCUCAAGUUUCAAACAAUGUUUUGCAAUGCGUAACCUACCUUAGGGGUACUGGUGCGUCUCCUCCACCUGCAAACUGUUGCCAAGGGGUUAAAAACCUCAACGGCAUGGCCAAGACCACACCUGAUCGUCAGUCCGCUUGCAACUGUUUGAAAACCGCAGCUAGUGAAAUUUCUGGACUCAACCCUACUUUAGUUGCUAACCUCCCUAAAAAUUGUGGAGUUAAUAUUCCUUACAAAAUCAGCACCUCCACCGACUGUUCAAAAGUGAAGUGAGGAUGAUAGAGCAGCAAUUUGCGGCCGCAGGGAUACAAGUAGCGUUAAGAAUAAAGACAUUACGUCGGGUCUAGAUGGAACUCCACUUUAGCGAGUCUCUUCUCUUCAUUGUAAUGGUCUAGUCCUUUGAUCAUUAUACCUUUUAUGUUAUCACUAUGAGCCCUCUCGGUCAUUCUAUGAAAUGACUAUCUUUAUAAAAUAUGUGUCACCUAU